AAACAAGGACAGUAUGCCCGGCCUUCCGAUAGAACCGCCAAUGGUGGCUACUAAUUUAUCUUCCUUGUUUUUGAAGCUUUAAGACAGAAGCAUCAUUUAUUGUUUUAAGUUCGCGAAGAGUGCACAAGGUGGAAACAUAAGGAUUAUCCGAAUUACUCGACUGAAUCAAUUAAGAAGAAGAAAAAAUGUGUCAAGUGUACGUUGCAUCUGCAAUAUUAAUUCUCGCGAUUGUUGAUUGCGGUUUUGCACUGCAAUGUUGGGAUUGUAAGUCUGAAUUCGAUGUUACAUGCAGAGAUUACUUCAACGUUUCAAGGAUAGAAGAAAACAACAGAAUUUAUGAAAACUUUAAUUUCCAACAAAGUAAUAGCAGACAAUUUUCAAUUGGUAACAGAAACAAUCCUCGAAAAAUACAUUGUGAUGGAAGUUACGUCAAUAGUUAUAAUCAAAAAACCGUCUGCUUAAAGACAGUGUCCAGAGGUUUUUCCGGCAGUGGUUCCAAUGCAGAAAUUCCAAAUGUUCACAGGGAAUGCCGCAUUGUUUCAAAGAGUCUCGCAGCAGGAGAGUGUCCCGAUGAACUGAAAAACGACAGAAGCAGAACUAUCGAUUACUGUGUUACCUGUGAAACUGAUGGUUGCAAUCUAGCGACAGGAAUCAAGUCAAAUAUUGUGUUAGCAUCAGUACCUUUACUAUUGUUAGCUUUGUUACAAAAGUAGAUUAUAAAUAAUAAAAUCUUCACUCUGAUAAAAAUGACAAUUUUAGAAAUUAGAUAGAUCUGAUUGAAUGGUAUAAAUCUCCUUCAUAGAAGCAACUUUAUAGAUAUUUUUGUAUAUUUAGGAUUUUUUAUGAAUUUGUAUAAAGUAAUUUAUCUAAAUAUAUGUAUAGUAAUAUAAUUAAAUCACAUUCUGUACAAAUUAAUUUAAAUAAAUAAUACAAUUUA